CAAAUACGUAUGUAUUUCAAGGAGGGAUCAGGGUUAAUAUACAGCAGUUGACAAAUGGGUGUAAUCAAACCUCUUUCAGCUUUCUCAAGAAUAUAGACCAAGCAUAAGAAAUGUCGGCAGUAAACAACCGUUCUUACUGGGCUUGGACAAAGAACUGCACCUACCCCAGUGAUUUGGCCCUUCCUUUGGUUCCAUACAUGGAUUGUCCCUCCAACCGCAUGUACGGCUCCAACUUCAUACCUCUUGUCUUUUACAUACUUUCCAUCCUUGGAACAAUUGGAAACCUCUGGAGCCUGUGGGCUUGCCUGCGGCCGUCCCAGCCUUGGAGUAUUGGGUCCAUAGGUGUACUGAACCUGGCUCUAUGUGACCUUGCUUAUCUGGCUUCUAUGGGACCCUGGGCUGUCUAUAUUAGCGCCGACUACCACUGGAAAAUUGGCCAUUCGCUCUGUGUCGUGGUGAAAAUCUUAUACUUCGGUGGGUUGGUGUCUAGUACCAUGUUCAUUUGCGCCAUCAGCACUGACCGUUUCUUUGCAAUCGUCUUCCCUCUGGAGUCCCGGAUGAUCCGGACCCCUCGGAACAGUGCACUGGUUUCGCUUCUACUCUGGGCCAUCACCGCCCUCUUCAUCUACUUCAGUUAUCCUAACAUUCUCUAUUGGGUCAGGAAGGAUGGCAUCCAUGUGUGUGGAGCGGUGGUGAUCUCCAGGUUCAGGACCACUGAAGUAACCUACAAUCUCCUGUCCCACUACUCCAUUCAGGUUUCUGUCCCACUGCUCCUCAUCAUUCCAUCCUAUGUGAAGAUUAUUUCCCGGAUGAAGCAGUCACGGCAACAGUGGGGCCCAGGCAACAUGCAAGGCCUGGACAAGACCAUCUGGCUGAUUGCCGUUUUCAUUGCCAACUUCCUGGUGUGUUGGGUGCCUGGGCAGCUGCUUCACAUCAUCGCCUGUAUAAUUUUCUUCAGUUUGGAUCACUGCAAAAAUGCUUGCUGGGUUGCAUGGGUGGUCAAUCUGCUCUCUGAAUCCUCCCAAAUACUGUACUGCCUCAAUGCAUGUCUUGAUCCUUUAAUUUUCCACAUGCAGCAGGGACACGGUGAACUGUCUCCUAUGGUUGCAUUGGCAAACUGGGCUAGAAUGUUCUUGCAGGUAGGUAAGAAACGAGAUUUGGGAGGGCCUUCAGAGGAACCUGUCAGUGUCAUCCAACUUCAUGGUGGUUCAAAAGACAGAAUUGGAAAAACUCAAAAUGAUAAGAACAUGAAAAAGUGAUAUUUUAAAAGACCACCCAUAAAUGUUUAGUUGCUCAAUUGUAAGUUGAU